AUGGAGUAUGCAUUAGAAGAACUUCAUCGACAAUCAUCGAAUCCCUCUGGUGUUCAAGUUCACAGGAGAGAACGAAAUGUACAAUCACCAGCUGCAGAUGGUAAUAAAGCAGACCUACAUGAACAACGCGAUCAACUUGACUUCCAAUCGCUUGUAAUGCCCCAUUCUGCUCCGCCAGUUGACGAGGGAUGGGGUGCAUGGUUGUUCUGCUUCUCCGCUUUUGCUUUUGAAGUUUGUAUCUGGGGUUGGAACAACACGUACGGGAUCUUUCAAGAAUACUACUCAUCGAACCCGCCUUUCAACAAGUCGUCUGCAGCUGCAAUAUCAACCAUUGGGACCGCGUCCCUCGGUAUUCAAUUUAUAGAGCUGGUGUUUAUAAUUAUAUUGUAUCAGCGAUACCCCGAGUUUGCAAGGCCUGGGAUGUACUUAUCGCUCUUCAUUUGCAUCGCAGCGCUCUUGUUAUCUAGCUUUGCGACCAAGACAUGGCAUAUGAUCGUACUGCAGGGGGUUGUUUUCGGUAUCAGCGCCGGAUUUCUUUACUCUCCCGUCAUGGUGUGGCUGCCCGAAUGGUUCAUCAACAGACGUGGCCUUGCCACAGGAAUCAUAUUCUGUGGCUCGGGAGUAGGAGGCUUUAUUUUCCCGCUUAUGAUGGGAUACCUGCUAGAACAUGUAGGAUUUAGAUGGACUCUGAGGAUAUGGGCGCUUACCUUUGGAGUAUGCUUGGUCAUUGCGCUGAUAGGACUCAAGCCGAGAGUACCAAUACGCAGGCCGAGCGAAGAACAUCCUCGCCAACCUUGGCUUCCAAGUGACUUAUCGCUUCUGAAGAACCCAGUACUCUUCGUGGUUAUUGGAAUAACAAUUGUCCAGGCACUAGGUUUCUUUCCUGUCAGUUUAUUCAUACCAACAUACACCUCGUCUCUGUCGUCAGCAGUGCUUCCGUCUCGAUUGGUUCUGGCUCUAUUCAACGCAGCAUCUGUACUUUUCCUCAUCCUCUUCGGGAGGUUCUCUGACUCAUAUCCAUAUGCAUACGUCAUAAUGGCCAGUGGUAUUGGUUGUGCCUUAGCGGCCUUUGUGUUCUGGGGGUUCGCAUCGUCGCUCGCAUGGAUAUUUGCAUUUGCAACGGUGUUCGGUGGGUUUGGAGGCGCAUUUCCAGGUAUAUGGCCAGCGGCGGCGUCAGAGAUAGGUGGAAACCAUAACCAUAUCACGAACAUUGCAUUUGGAUGCUUCACCGGUGUAGAGGGAGUGAUGUCCAUUGUGGGCCCCAUCAUCGCUGCCUCGCUUCGCAACAGUAGCGACAAGUCGAAAGCGACCUAUGGCGGAUUUGGGUUUAGGAAGGUCGAAUUGUUUGUCGGUACGCCGAUCCUAUCCGCUUUAUCACUGUCAGCGUGA